AUGGAUUUUGCAGCUAGAAAUGCUGUUAAUUUAAGUGUAUUAAAACGACACGACGAAUACAUUGUUGAAAUUAUUGACACUUCUAGUCAUGUUGUAGUUUAUUUAUUUGAUCGUGACCAAUCUACAUGGACAAAGAAAGGUGUAGAAGGAACAAUAUCCAUACAACCAGUUUUUGGAUUUAUAGUGAUGAAUCGACUUGGCCUUGACAAUUUCAUGGCACCUCUAGUAGACAAUAUGGAUCUAGAAUUUAAAGACGAAUAUAUAAUAUAUCGUACAGAUGAUGGUAUAGUUGAAAGAAUUUGA